CCGGCGAUCCGCAGGCUGCCCGAGUUCGACUGGGGCGGAGACCAGUUCAACGCCCCGCCGAGCGUCAGCCACGGCACGCCCGUCAUCAGCAAGGUUACCGGCUGGCAGCUCGGCAUGGCCAAGAGGGCGAACGUGAUUGUCGUCACGGACCGCCGCAGCCCGCCCGCGGACGGGUACAACCUGAUCCUUGAGCGCCACAUCGAGGGCUGGAUCCGAGUGCAUAACGAGGUAAAGAGAAUAUAUGCUGCGGACCCCAGCCAGAGAGGCAAAAUCAUCGCAUCCUGGUCGCACUCGCUCACCCGCGCCACCCACUUCGCCGUGAUUAGGCCAAUCUUCGCGAGAAGUCCGUACGCCGACUGGCUGAUCAUGGCCCCGGCAUUCCAGCUGUAUCUGGCUGAUACCCCUGACGCCAUCGUUUGGGGAGGGAUUGGCAAUUCGUUUGCAACUCCCCUGGUCGCAGGCCUGGUGGCCUACUGGCGCAGUCUCCCCAACAUCGCCAACGGGUGGGGAGAGGAGCUUAAGAAGCCCGCCAACGUGAAGAAGCUGCUGCGCUACAUGCAACGGGUGAUCCUGGACGAGGACCUCGCCCGAGGUCUCGACAAGUCGCAGGUC